AUGGCGGAGGCGGAAGGCGGAGCGAGCGAGCAGGAUGAUGUUUCAUUCUUGCGGACGGAAGACAUGGUGUGCCUGUCUUGCACGGCAACUGGUGAGAGGGUGUGCUUGGCGGCCGAGGGCUUUGGCAACAGGCACUGCUUCCUCGAGAACAUAGCCGACAAGAACAUACCGCCCGAUCUAUCGCAGUGUGUCUUCGUUAUUGAACAGGCGUUAUCCGUCAGAGCGCUGCAAGAGUUGGUCACAGCCGCGGGUUCGGAAACUGGAAAGGGCACUGGGUCCGGCCACAGGACUCUGCUGUACGGUAAUGCCAUAUUACUGAGACAUCUCAACAGUGAUAUGUACUUGGCGUGUCUAUCAACUUCGUCGUCGCAAGAUAAGCUGGCUUUUGACGUCGGUCUGCAAGAGCACUCGCAGGGUGAGGCUUGUUGGUGGACUCUCCAUCCAGCUAGUAAACAGAGAUCUGAAGGUGAAAAGGUGCGCGUAGGUGACGAUUUAAUUCUAGUGUCCGUCGCAACCGAAAGAUAUCUGCACACGACGAAAGAGAACGAAGUGUCUAUCGUCAAUGCGUCCUUCCACGUGACGCAUUGGUCGGUCCAGCCGUACGGAACCGGCAUAUCCAGGAUGAAGUACGUGGGCUACGUCUUCGGCGGCGACGUGCUGAGGUUCUUCCACGGCGGCGACGAGUGUCUGACCAUACCCAGUACCUGGACGAAGGAGGGCGGGCAAAAUAUCGUAGUGUAUGAAGGCGGUUCCGUGAUGUCACAAGCCCGUUCCCUGUGGCGCUUGGAGCUCGCCCGUACCAAAUGGGCCGGUGGUUUCAUCAACUGGUACCACCCGAUGAGGAUCAGGCACAUCACUACCGGCAGAUACCUGGGCGUCAAUGACCAGAACGAACUGUACUUAGUAAGCAGAGAGGAGGCGACAACGGCCUCGUGCGCUUUCUGCCUGCGCCAAGAGAAAGACGACCAGAAGGUGGUGCUGGAAGACAAGGAUCUAGAGGUCAUUGGUGCGCCGAUCAUCAAGUACGGUGACUCCACAGUGAUCGUUCAGCAUUCCGAAACCGGACUAUGGUUGUCCUAUAAGUCAUACGAGACAAAGAAGAAGGGCGUUGGUAAAGUAGAGGAGAAACAGGCCAUCCUUCAUGAGGAAGGCAAGAUGGACGACGGUUUGGACUUCUCAAGGUCACAAGAGGAGGAGUCCAGAACCGCUCGGGUUAUUAGAAAGUGCUCGUCACUAUUCACAAAGUUCAUCAAUGGCCUUGAGACCCUUCAAGAAAACAGACGCCACUCUAUGUUCUUCGCUUCGGUGAAUCUCGGCGAGAUGGUGAUGUGCUUGGAGGACCUGAUCAAUUACUUCGCGCAACCGGACGAGGACAUGGAACACGAGGAGAAACAAAACAAGCUGCGUGCCUUGCGCAAUCGCCAAGACCUGUUCCAAGAGGAGGGCAUCCUCAAUCUGAUCUUGGAAGCAAUCGACAAGAUCAACGUCAUCACCUCGCAAGGAUUCUUGGCUGGGUUUCUCGCUGGUGACGAGUCAGGACAGAGCUGGGACAUGAUAUCUGGAUAUCUAUAUCAGCUUCUAGCGGCCAUUAUAAAGGGCAACCAUACGAAUUGCGCGCAAUUCGCAAACUCGAACCGCCUGAAUUGGCUGUUCUCGCGUCUCGGCUCCCAGGCGUCGGGGGAAGGCACGGGAAUGUUGGACGUGUUACACUGCGUGCUCAUCGACUCCCCGGAGGCGCUGAACAUGAUGCGGGACGAGCACAUUAAAGUCAUCAUAUCGCUGCUGGAGAAACACGGACGGGAUCCGAAGGUGUUGGAUGUGCUGUGCUCGCUGUGCGUGGGUAACGGGGUGGCAGUGCGUUCCUCGCAGAACAACAUUUGCGACUAUCUGUUGCCCGGGAAGAAUUUGUUGCUGCAGACGCAACUCGUCGAUCACGUGUCUAGUGUACGUCCGAACAUUUUUGUUGGCCGCGUGGAAGGAUCGGCAGUGUACCAGAAGUGGUACUUCGAGGUGACAAUGGAUCAUAUCGAGAAAACGACACAUAUGAUGCCGCACCUGCGGAUUGGAUGGGCCAACACUACUGGGUACGUGCCGUACCCUGGUGGUGGCGAGAAGUGGGGCGGCAAUGGAGUGGGGGACGACCUGUACUCGUACGGCUUCGACGGCGCCCACCUCUGGUCUGGCGGGAGGAAGACUCCCGUCAACCGCACUCAUGCUGAGGAGCCAUUCAUCAGGAAAGGUGACGUGAUUGGAUGCGCCUUGGACCUGACGGGCAUGUUCUUCCCGGUUAUUAGCUGCUCGAGCAAAUUGAGUUGCCGUUUCCUGCUUGGAGGUGAGCACGGUCGGCUGCGAUACGCAGCACCCGAGGGAUACUCCCCGCUGGUGGAAUCCCUUCUGCCGCAGCAGAUCCUGAGCUUAGAGCCGUGCUUCUACUUCGGCAACUUGGCUAAACGCGCUCUGGCUGGGCCGCCAUUGGUGCAGGACGACACAGCCUUCGUCCCAACGCCCGUCGACACGUUGCAGAUCACUCUACCUUCAUAUAUAGAACAAAUACGGGACAAACUUGCCGAGAACAUCCAUGAAAUGUGGGCGAUGAACAAGAUCGAAGCCGGCUGGGUCUAUGGAGACCAACGCGACGAUCUUCACAAAGUUCACCCGUGCCUGGUACCCUUCGAAAGGUUACCGCCAGCCGAAAAACGCUACGAUAUACAGCUCGCCGUCCAAACACUCAAAACAAUCUUAGCGUUGGGCUACUACAUCAGUUUGGAUAAACCGCCGGCGAGAAUUCGUAAUGUGAGACUUCCGAACGAGCCCUUCAUGCAAUCCAACGGCUACAAGCCAGCACCGCUAGACCUGAGUGCUGUCACCCUGACACCGAAGAUGGACGAGCUAGUUGACCAGUUGGCAGAAAACACGCACAACCUUUGGGCACGCGAACGCAUCCAGCAGGGCUGGACGUAUGGACUCAACGAGGACCCCGACAUGCACCGGUCGCCCCAUCUGGUGCCCUACCCCAAGGUCGACGACGCUAUCAAGAAGGCGAACAGAGAUACCGCCUCGGAGACCGUCAGAACACUCCUGGUCUACGGAUACAACUUGGAUCCUCCCACGGGCGAACAGCACGAAGCGCUUCUAGCGGAAGCAUCUAAGCAAAAGCAAGCAGACUUCAGAACGUACAGAGCGGAAAAGAACUACGCCGUCAGCUCGGGGAAGUGGUACUUUGAGUUCGAAAUACUUACCGCUGGGCCCAUGAGGGUCGGCUGGGCUCAUGCCGACAUGGCACCGGGUAUGAUGUUGGGACAAGACGAAAACUCCUGGGCUUUUGACGGAUACAAUUCGCUUAAAGUGCACGGAGCCUCGAGUGACACUUUUGGGCAGCAGCUGAAAAUCGGUGACAUAGAAGAGAAAGUAUUCAGCAGUAGCACAGAGUCGUUCGGCAAGCAAUGGGCAGUGGGUGACGUAGUGGGAGUAUUCCUUGAUCUCAUUGACAAAACGAUAAGUUUCUCCCUUAAUGGCGAACUCUUAAUGGACGCUCUGGGAGGUGAAACUACGUUCGCCGAUGUACAGGGUGAUAACUUCGUGCCAGCGUGCACUCUUGGCGUUGGACAAAAGGCCCGGCUAACAUACGGUCAAGAUGUGAACUCUUUGAAAUAUUUCACAACAUGCGGUUUGCAAGAGGGCUAUGAACCAUUCUGCGUAAACAUGAAACGGGACGUCACACACUGGUACACAAAGGACCAACCCAUUUUCGAGUACACCGACGAAAUGGCAGAUACGAAAAUCGACGUAACAAGGAUACCCGCCGGCUCUGAAACGCCGCCGUGUUUGAAGAUCUCCCACAACACUUUCGAGACAAUGGAGAAAGCCAACUGGGAAUUCCUCCGACUAUCUCUGCCAGUUAUUUGCCAUGCCACAUUCAUUGAUGAGAACGAGAAAGCUCGCCGCUGGGUGGAGAUCAAAGAGAGACAGCAAAUCCUGAUGAAGGAAGCCACCGAGGCUCAGAUGCCGGCCCACAUUGACCAGAUCAUGAGGAGUGGAUUCACUAUGAACGAUAUAAAAGGUCUCAACUACGAUGAGAAUCAGGAAGAGAUGCCAACGACUUCGAAAGUCAAGCGACAACCGUCCAGGCCUCCGAGGAAGGGAUCCAUCACGCGAGGCGUCACAAUACAGAACUAUAAUUUGCAGCCAGGUCAAACAAACGGCAUGCAACGGUCGACGAGCGAAGCAGAAAUGGCGAAGUAUGAACUGGGAGUCAACAACGUUCCGGAUGACAAAAAGGAUAAACGCGGCAGAUCGCCGUUUAAGUUCUUCAGAAGCAAACGCGGCGAGAGCGGCGAGAGAACGAAGUCCCGCAAGUCAAAAACCCCCGACCCCUUCAGCGACACGGAGGUGUCUCCAGAUAGGGGCGGCAGGCGGCCCAACCCGCAAAUCAGGAUUUCGCAAGCGAACCAAAGAUAUAACGGCAUGCAAGGUAGACCUUCCGGCCACAAUUUGUACGGAAGUCAGGGUGGGUUAAACUCCAACCUGCAAGUGGCGACACCACCGCAGGAGCGUAAGCAAAUGACGACGAGCACCCUCGCCGCUGCCACAACCGAAACCGUUGGGAACGAGAUCUUCGAUGCGGACUGUUUGAAGCUCAUCAACGAAUACUUCUACGGCGUCAGAAUAUUCCCCGGUCAAGAUCCCACGCACGUGUAUAUAGGAUGGGUGACCACACAAUAUCACCUUCACUCGAAGGACUUCAACCAGAACAAGGUCACCAAGUCGUCUGUCAUCAUCACCGACGACUAUGACAGAGUUAUUGAAAGCGUCAACCGCCAGUCGUGUUACAUGGUGCGCGCCGACGAGCUGUACAACGAAGUGAUGGCGGAGGCGACGGGAAAGGGGGCAUCCCAAGGGAUGUUCAUCGGCUGCUCCGUGGACACUUCCACCGGCACAGUAGCAUUCACGUGCGAGGGAAAGGAAACCAGCAUCAAGUUCAAGAUGGAGCCGGAGACGAAGCUGUUCCCGGCGAUAUUCGUGGAGGCGACAUCUAGGGAGAUCCUCCAGAUCGAGCUGGGCAGGUCCUCCACCAGCCUGCCGCUCAGCGCGGCGGUUCUGCCCACCAGCGACAAGCACGUCAACCCACAGUUCCCGCCGAGGCUGAAGGUCCAAUGCCUGAAGCCCCAUCAGUGGGCGCGGGUUCCAAAUCAAUCUCUACAAGUGCACGCGCUUAAAUUGUCUGAUAUCCGAGGCUGGUCCAUGCUUUGUGAGGAUGCCGUCUCCAUGUUAGCAUUGCACAUACCAGAGGAGGAUCGCUGCAUCGACAUUUUGGAGUUAAUUGAAAUGGACAAACUACUCAGCUUCCACUCUCACACGCUCACUUUGUACGCAGCUCUAUGCUAUCAGAGCAACUACAGGGCGGCCCACGCUUUAUGCCAGCACGUGGAUCAGAAGCAACUUCUCUACGCAAUUCAAUCGCAGUACAUGUCGGGUCCGCUGCGUCAAGGGUUCUACGACCUGCUCAUCGCCCUGCAUCUGGAAUCGCACGCUACGACCAUGGAAACUUGCAAAAACGAAUUCGUAAUACCACUCGGCCCCGAACUGAAGGCGUUAUACGAGGACCCAGAUAUGCGUCACAGCCUACGCUCCCUCCAAACUGAGAGUGUACGGCCCCAAAUGAACAUGACGGACAUCUCGGACAAGAUCACGGACAUAAGCAACCUCUACUCGCCUUACUUCCCGCUGGAGGUGGUUCGGGAGUUCGUGAUGCAGGCGCUGGCCGAAGCGGUUGAGACCAAUCAAGUGCACAACCGGGACCCGGUCGGCGGGAGCAACGAGAAUCUCUUCCUACCUCUUAUUAAGUUGGUGGAUCGGCUUCUUCUUGUUGGCAUGAUGCGAGACGAGGACGUUGAGAAGUUGAUGAUCAUGAUCAACCCGGAGACAUGGGAUCCUACUUUCGACAAAGAGGGCAAGGACGAACAUCGGAAGGGCCUACUCCACAUGAAGAUGGCCGAGGGGGCGAAGCUGCAGAUGUGCUACUUGCUGCAUCACCUGAACGACAUUCAGCUGAGGCACAGAGUGGAGUCGACGAUCGCCUUCGCACACGACUUCGUCGGCGAUUUGCAGACGGAUCAAUUGAGGCGUUAUACAGAGAUUAAGCAGUCAGACCUGCCUAGUGCCGUCGCAGCUAAGAAGACUAGGGAGUUCCGAUGCCCUCCAAGAGAGCAAAUGAACGCAAUAUUAAGCUUCAAGCAUUUGGAGGACGAAGACAAAGAAAACUGUCCAUGCGGUGAAGACCUGAUCGCCAGGAUGAACGAGUUCCACGAGAGUUUGAUGACGCACAUAUCGCUUAACGCUCUCCAGGAGCCUGAUUCUGAAGAAUCGACCGAGCCGGAGACAAAGCCUGGAGCCUUUGGCAAAUUGUAUAACAUUAUUAAUACGGUAAAAGAACUAGAAGAGGAACAAAAGGCCAUUGAAGAACCACCAAAGAAAUCACCAGAGGAGAAAUUCCGCAAGGUUUUGAUACAGACCAUCGUCAACUGGGCUGAAGAAUCGCAGAUUGAAACGCCGAAGCUAGUUAGGGAGAUGUUCAGCCUUCUGGUGAGGCAAUACGACGCGAUCGGCGAACUGAUACGCGCGUUGGAGAAGACGUACGUCAUCAACGCGAAGACCAAGCUGGACGUGGCUGAGAUGUGGGUGGGGCUGAGCCAGAUCCGGGCCCUCCUGCCCGUGCAGAUGAGCCAGGAGGAGGAGGAGCUGAUGAGGAAGAGGCUCUGGAAAUUAGUGAAUAACCACACCUUCUUCCAACAUCCAGACUUGAUAAGAGUACUCCGGGUUCACGAGAACGUGAUGGCGGUGAUGAUGAACACACUAGGGAGGCGAGCGCAAGCGCAGUCGGACGCGCAACCGGCCAACCCGCCCGCGGCAGAUGACAGCAAAGAGAAGGACACGUCCCACGAAAUGGUGGUGGCGUGCUGCCGCUUCCUCUGCUACUUCUGCCGCACUGGCAGGCAGAACCAGAAGGCGAUGUUCGACCACUUCGACUUCCUGCUGGAGAACUCGAACAUUCUGCUGUCGAGGCCCUCUUUGCGCGGCUCCACGCCGCUGGACGUCGCCUACUCCAGUCUCAUGGAGAAUACCGAGCUGGCGUUGGCGUUGCGUGAACACUACCUUGAGAAGAUUGCGGUAUACCUGUCUCGGUGCGGUCUGCAGAGCAAUUCCGAGCUGGUGGAGAAGGGCUACCCGGACCUCGGUUGGGACCCCGUGGAAGGUGAACGCUAUCUCGACUUCUUGCGCUUCUGUGUUUGGGUCAACGGUGAAAGCGUCGAGGAGAACGCUAAUCUGGUGAUCCGUCUACUGAUCAGAAGACCGGAAUGCCUGGGACCAGCCCUCAGAGGCGAGGGCGAGGGUCUACUCAAAGCCAUCGUGGAUGCGAACAAGAUGAGUGAGAGGAUCGCUGACAGAAGAAAACUAAGGGACUUGGAACAGGAGGGAGAUAUUAAUUUCAGCCACCCUCUCCCGGAGUCGGACGAAGACGAGGACUAUAUCGACACUGGUGCUGCUAUCCUUAACUUCUACUGCACCCUCGUCGACCUUCUGGGCCGUUGCGCUCCCGACGCCUCUGUCAUCGCCUUGGGCAAAAACGAAUCUCUACGCGCCCGAGCUAUCUUGAGAUCUCUCGUGCCACUGGAAGACCUUCAAGGCGUUCUCAGUCUAAGGUUCACUUUGAACAACCCGGCCGCUGGAGAGGAGCGUCCGAAAUCUGACAUGCCCUCUGGCCUCAUCCCUGGCCACAAACAAAGCAUCGGCUUGUUCUUGGAGCGAGUCUACGGCAUCGAGUCCCAGGAGUUGUUCUACCGUCUUCUAGAAGAAGCCAUUUUACCAGAUUUGAGGGCUGCCACAAUGUUGGAUCGGAACGACGGCUGCGAAUCUGAUAUGGCGCUUUCGAUGAACCGCUACAUUGGCAACUCGAUUCUGCCACUACUCAUCAAACACGCCAACUUUUACAACGAGGCGGAGAACUAUGCGAGCUUACUUGACGCCACCUUGCAUACCGUUUACAGGUUGUCCAAAAAUCGUAUGCUGACAAAGGGGCAGCGAGAAGCCGUGUCUGACUUCCUAGUGGCCCUGACAUCUGCCAUGCAGCCGUCCAUGUUGCUAAAGUUGUUGCGCAAACUGACCGUAGACGUGUCAAGACUCUCCGAGUACACCACUGUAGCUCUAAGGUUACUCACGCUGCACUACGAGCGUUGCGCCAAAUACUACGGCAGCACUGGCGGGCAGGGGAUCUACGGCGCUUCCUCCGACGAAGAGAAGCGCCUCACAAUGAUGCUCUUCUCCAACAUCUUCGACUCCCUGAGCAAGAUGGACUACGAGCCGGAACUGUUCGGGAAGGCCCUGCCCUGUCUGAUCGCGAUCGGUUGCGCGUUACCUCCUGACUACUCGUUGUCAAAGAACUACGAUGACGAAUUCUAUGGAAAGGAAACGCAAGCGACUGGAGCAGACAAUCCCCAAUACGAUCCUCAACCGAUCAACACUUCGUCGGUUGCCCUCAACAACGACCUCAACACAAUCGUCCAGAAGUUCUCGGAGCACUACCACGACGCUUGGGCCUCGAGGAAAAUUGAAAAUGGCUGGGUAUACGGAGAAUCUUGGUCUGACAGUCAAAAGACGCAUCCGCGUCUAAAGCCCUACAAUAUGCUCAAUGACUACGAGAAGGAACGCUACAAAGAGCCCGUUAGGGAGUCCCUCAAGGCUUUGCUGGCCAUUGGCUGGUCUGUGGAACACUCGGAAGUUGACAUUCCCAGCAACAACCGCAGCUCUAUGAGGCGACAGUCAAAAUCUGGUGGCACCGACUCAGCGACACCGUUCAACUACAACCCACACCCAGUCGACAUGACAAACCUAACGCUGUCGAGAGAAAUGCAGAAUAUGGCAGAGAGGCUGGCUGAGAACGCACACGAUAUAUGGGCAAAGAAAAAGAAAGAAGAGUUAGUUGUUAAUGGAGGCGGAAUUCACCCACAACUUGUGCCAUACGACUUACUGACAGAUAAAGAAAAGAAGAAGGACCGCGAACGUUCGCAGGAAUUCCUCAAGUACCUCCAGUACCAAGGGUACAAGCUCCAUCGGCCGAGCAAAGCCUCCCAGAUCGACACGGAACAGACCACUACCGGUGUAGCAAUAGAGCUCAGAUUCGCUUACUCGUUGCUGGAGAAACUCAUCCAGUACAUCGACAGGGCGACUAUCAAUAUGAAAUUGUUGAAACCUUCGACUACUUUCAGUCGCAGAACCAGUUUUAAGACUAGCACCAGAGACAUUAAAUUCUUCUCCAAGGUUGUGUUGCCGUUGAUGGAGAAAUAUUUCUCAACGCAUCGCAACUACUUCAUCGCCGUGGCGACAGCGACUAACAACGUGGGGGCGGCGAGUUUGAAGGAGAAGGAGAUGGUUGCCGCACUGUUCUGCAAACUGGCGAGCCUGCUAAGAUCGCGGCUGGCCGCCUUCGGUCCGGACGUGCGCAUCACUGUCCGCUGCCUUCAAGUCCUGGUGAAGGGCAUAGACGCCAAGUCUCUGGUGAAGAACUGCCCCGAGUUCAUCAGGACCUCCAUGCUCACGUUCUUCAACAACGUCGCCGACGACCUCGGCCAUACGAUCUUGAACUUACAAGAGGGCAAAUACGCACACUUGCGGGGCACGCACCUUAAGACUUCCACUUCUUUGGGCUACAUAAACGGCGUGCUACUUCCCAUACUCACAGCAAUGUUUGAUCACCUAGCCAACUGCGAGUACGGAGCCGACCUUUUACGUAAG